UACUCACAAGUUCACGAACACAAGCUGCGUUUCGGUUCUUUCCAGGUUGCGUCCUUUCCAGCUCGUCGGCGAAUCUUCGUCUUCGCCGCCGUUGUCCUCGUCGCCGGCGACCAUGGCGGAUACGGCGGCGGUCGUUUUCGACUUCGACCGGACGCUGAUCGACGGCGACAGCGACAACUGGGUGGUGACGGAGAUGGGUCUGACCCAGCUGUUCCGUGAGCUCUACUCCACCAUGCCCUGGACGUCUCUCAUGAAUAGGAUGAUGGUGGAGCUCCAUACGCAGGGGAAGGCGGCCGAGGACAUUGCGGAGUGCUUGAAGAGGAUGCCUCUUCACCCUCGUGUUAUCGAAUCGAUUCGAGCAGCUCAUCGAAAUGGAUGCGAUUUGAGGAUAAUCAGCGACGCGAACCGGUUCUUCAUAGAGACGAUCCUGAAGCAUCACGGGCUGUUGGAUUGUUUCACUGAGAUCGUCACGAACCCGGCUUUCGUGGAUGCGGAAGGCAGGCUGAACAUUGUCCCUUUUCACGAUUCCGCCGGUUCUCCUCAUGGGUGCAGCUUGUGUCCUCCCAAUAUGUGCAAGGGCCUGGUUCUGAAGAGGAUUCAAGCUGCUGAUUCUGAAAUAAGGAACAGAAGAUAUAUAUAUCUUGGAGACGGGAAAGGCGAUUACUGCCCAUGCUUGAAGCUCGGAACACGAGACUUUGUAGUGCCGAGAAAGAGUUUCCCUCUGUGGAAACUCAUUUUCAAUGACCAAACACUUAUUAAAGCUGUGAUCCACGAAUGGAGCGAUGGAGAAGAGCUUGCGGCAAUUCUUCUUGACAUUAUCGAUAAGAUCCUAAUGGAUGAAAAUACCAGGACAGGGCUCACGGCCUCGCCCGAUGACGGUUGUAAGACAACUCCAGUCUCUAACCCUUAAACCAUCUUUGCAGAACCUACCCAUUUGAUCACCAGGAACUUGGUGAGACAUAAAACUGACCUUAACACCGUUACAGUUGUGCUUAUCGCCAUUAUAGAUAUGCUGACUAGAACACCAUGAUGCUGACAAUAUUCCAUCAAACCAAUAAUUCUUUUUCUGUAAUUUUUUGCUCUGUCGUUUGUGUUUCUGUUUGGCUGAUACAUUUUGCCAGAUUUCUAAAAAGAAGUUUGGUUCUCGGAAAGUUUGGUUUCACUUA